CGUAGGUACUUAUCCUGUAAUAGGUAGCGCGUGACAAACAUUAGUUUAAUGAGCUUCUGGAUAUAUGGACAUAUUUUUUGUUCGUUUAUCUAAUUUACACAUUUAAUUAAAUAUGUGAUGACAUCAGCGUAUGGUGUUUUACUAGACGUGCGGUUAAAUGAUUUGGAGCGACUCCAAAGCACACAUGUGAAUUCGGUUAUUGUGCCAUUAGACAUUAGUGCGAAGUGAAUUUAAUCUUAUUUAAAAUGAAUUUAUUUUCUAUUUAUUUUUUCACGUUGUUGUUUUCUUUGAAACAAAUGAAAUGUGAAGGACAAAAUCCGUACUUAGAAGCUCUCCGAAAUAAAUCUUGGAAAAGUAUUCAUAAAUAUGUUGAAGUUCGUCCUGGUGCGCAUCUUUUUUAUUGGUUUUAUUACGCCGAUGGUAGCAUAGUUGAGGCUUACCAAAAACCACUUAUUAUAUGGAUUCAGGGCGGACCAGGGCUUGCGGCUACUGGAAUAGCUAAUUUCGCUGAAAUUGGACCGCUAACUAUGGAUAUGAGGCCUCGAAACCAUACAUGGGUAAAUGGAAGAAACUUAUUGCUAAUAGAUCAUCCAGUCGGUACUGGGUUUAGUUAUGCGUUGAAUAAAUCGUUACUUGUAAAAACAGAUAAGGAUGCCGCGAAAGAUCUCUUACGAGUUAUAAAAGAUUUUUUUAAAAAACAUAAAGAGUUUCGCAAGACACCGACGUAUCUAUUUGGUCAGAGUUAUGGAGGUAAAUUAUGUCCAAGAUUGGGUUAUUAUUUACAGACGGCAAUAAAAAAUAAACGUUUGAAAAUGAACUUUAAAGGCAUUGGAAUUGGAAGUGGAUGGGUCGACCCAAAACAUAGUUCCUUAGUACAACCAGAGUUUUUAUAUAAUAUGGGCGUUAUCGAUCUUCACACAUAUGCAAAAACAAUGAAAAUUGCGAAAAAAAUGAGUUACUUAAUAGAGAAACGAGAAUACAUUACCGCUGGAAAACUGGAUGCCCUGAUGUUUAACAUUUUGAAUGUUGAAGCUGGGAUGGAGAUUAACUUCAAUAACAUCAACCAACCGAGCCCGUACAGAGCGUUAGACGAGUUGGUAACGAAAGUUAACAAAUAUGUAAAACCAACGUUGUUGGAAGUUAAUCAGACUUUCGACUGGAAUUAUAUUUCGGAUGAUGUUUUCCAAAGUUUGAAUGAUAGUUUCUUGGUUCCGUCUACUAAAUUUUUAGAAACACUCCUGAAUCAUACAAGUCUCAAAAUCGCUGUAUAUAAUGGAAAUUUGGACGUUGUUACUCCACUCGCUGGUGCUACAAAUUGGGUGCACGCGCUUAGGUGGCACGGCGCUCAAGAAUUCAUGAAUGCUAAACGUGUACCUAUUCGAGGAAAUAGAAAUGGGUUUUUCAAAGUCGCAAAACAGCUCAGUUUUUGGGCAGUUUUCGGCUCAGGACAUUGGGUCCCAGAAGACAAUCCUGAGGCAAUGGAGCAUAUUUUGCAGUAUAUGAUGGACGAUGACAAUUUGAAUCUCAACUUGCAUUGGUAGUUAUUUGUUUUGUAAGACUGAUUAAUGUUUUUAUAGCAAUAAAUAUUUUUACAUAAGAUACAGUUACAUAUAGGGAUUAAGUAAAACUACAAGUAUAUGUUCAAGACAAGUAUAAUUCUUUACAUAAUAGUUGAUAUACAAAAGAAAAAAUAUUUAUUUACAUUAAUAAUAAUUGAAUAACAAAUUACAAAAUCAUCGUUUUGAAGCACCAAUAUAUUUCUUUAUCGAAAAAAUCAUGUGGAUUUUGCUAUUAAAUUGUAUGGUCCAAAGUUUAAUCUUAAAUUGUUUAUAAAUUAUAUUAUACAGUCAUAAAUUAUAAUAUAGAUCGUCCCGAAGAGCGCCUUAACGAAUGUUAUAGAUUCGAAAUUCGAUUGCAAUCAAUCUAUAAGAUAAGAGUAUUUAAUGUUUUUUUAUUUUAUAAAAU